AUGAGGAAGGUUGUAGUAGUCACCGGAGCCAACAGUGGUAUUGGUUUGGCUCUUUGUGAGAGGCUCCUCUCUCAAGAUGAUCAGAUUCGCUUAUGCUUGGCCUGCAGAAAUACGCAGAGGGCUGAGGCUGCACGUUCUGCACUGCUGUCAUCCCAUCCAUCAGCUGAUGUAAGGAUCCUGCAAGUUGAUGUGGGCAAACUUAAGUCUGUGGUACAAGGAGCAAAAACACUGAGAGAAAGAUAUCAACAUAUAGACUACUUAUAUCUCAAUGCUGGAAUAAUGCCUAAUCCACGGAUAAGUCUCAAAGCUUUCAUCACAGGUCUCUUCUCUAGGAAUGUUGUCAGUAUGUUUGCAACAGGAGAAGGUCUUCUAACCCAGGAGGACAGGGUGACAGAGGAUGGUUUACAGGAAGUUUUCGAGACCAAUGUGUUUGGGCACUUUAUACUGAUCAAAGAACUUGAGUCUUUGCUAUGUCACACAGACCAUCCUUCCCAGCUUAUCUGGACUUCAUCUAGUAAUGCAAGGAAAUCUGCCUUCUCCCUCAGUGACUAUCAACACAGCCAAGGGCAAGAAUCCUACAGCUCUUCAAAAUAUGCUACUGACUUAUUAAGUGUUUCUUUAAAUAAGAAUUACAACAAAAAGGGCAUUUAUUCUAGUGUGGUGUGUCCUGGACUUGUUAUGACAAAUCUUACAUAUGGUAUCUUGCCUUCAUUCUUCUGGACUGUAAUCAUGCCGAUUAUGUGGCUGAUCCGCGUAUUUACAAAUUCUUUCACUAUUUCACCAUAUAAUGGAGCAGAGGCUCUGUUGUGGUUAUUUAACCAAAGACCAGAAUCUCUUAACCCCUUGGCGAAAUAUCACAGCUGUACAUCUGGAUUAGGCAACAGUUAUGUUCAGCCUUUCAAGAUGGACCUUGAUGAGGGAAGCAGUGACUUGUUUUACAAAAAGCUUCUAGAAUUGGAAAUGCACAUUCGAAACAAAGUUAUACCG